AAUUUCGUGUAAGGAGGUGACACGAAUAGAAAGGGUAAAGAUAAGUGGCAAAGUGAAUAAGCAGCCACGUUGAAAUGCGCAACGCUAUCCUCACAGUCACAGUGAUCUGCAUGCAGCACCACCAUCAACAUGCAGACGCUGACACAUCUCUUCAAACUGCUUAUAUCAUUAGAACGCGUGUCCAAAUUGUUUCAGAUUCCUAACCCUAAAACCCUCGUCCCUUCUUCUUAUUGGACCGUCUAGCGGCACUAGCUUAACUUCAAGAUCAUUGUUCAUCAUGCUGUCCAUUGAUCUGUUGGAAGCUGCACUCCUCAUGAAAUCAUCUCUUUAAUCAGGUAUAUAAUAAUUAUUGUAUAAUGGAAGACCAGGCCAGAGAUUGGGAGAACCAGGGAUAUGAAGAAAAAAAUGAAAGCUGGAUUUGGGAUAAAGGAUUGUCACUGGGAAAGAAGAUUUUGUUUACUGGUCUUGUCAUGUCUUCGGCACCGGUGGUUAUUCCUCCACUAAUGGUUAUGUCAGCGGUCGGGUUAGCUUGCUCGGUCCCAUAUGGAAUUUUCUUGGCAAGUUAUGCUUGCACCGACAAGCUUAUGAGAAAAUUGCUUCCAACGCCUCGUAUAAGUACUCCUGAAGAAAAGUACGGUGGAGAAGAUUCGGAAUUUGCAGGUGAUUAUGAUGUAGAAAAUAAGGAAGAAGAGCUAAAAAGAAGACUUGAGAUUGGGCCUGAGCUAGAUGAACAAGGAAAUGAGGAAGAGAAGUCGCCGAAGAAGAUUAAGAUGACUGAUGAAGAGAUGGAGAGAGAAGAAGUAGUAGAGGAACCCGUAGUUCUGAAAAUCAAGGAUGAAGGAGCAGAAAUAAGUGGGGUUACAAUUGCAAUUGAAGAAAGUGAGAAGACCGGUAGUGAGGAGGUGCCGGUGGAAGUGGCAAGCAUUUCUGUCGAAAUACGUUCUGGAGAUGAUAAAGAAGAAAAGCAGGUACUAGUUAAGGAGACGACAAGGGAUGAAGUUGUGGCUGAUGAGGAAGCCGGCAAAGAGAAGCAGAGUGAAGAAACUGUACAGGGUGGUGCAGAGGAAGGACUUAAGAAAGAAGAUGAGAGAAAUGCUGGAGAAGCUGUUAUCGAAUCAGAAGAUAAGAAUGCUGUUGGGGUGGAGACGGAGAAAACUGAUCGAAAAGUAGAACAAAAUGGUCACAAGACGAAUCCAGCGGUAGAAAAUGAACCUGCUGUACAAAAGGAAAAAGUAUCAGAUGAAAGGGGGGGUGGUGAUGAUAAGAUUGGUGCAGGUGAGCCAGCCAGCUUCUCAGCAGGAGGAAAAACACAAAACAAGAAGAAGAAGAAGGCUAACCGUGCUACAAAAGACCUUAAUAAAGAUAAGGAGAUUGCAGUAUCUUCUAAUGCAGAUGAAAAAAAGGCACCUGAAAUGACAGAAGGGACUAAGCAACCAACAGAAAGUCAUGAAGUUAUUAUUGAUGAAAAUGGCACUUCAAAUGAGAUGCUGUCCAGUGAGGAGAAGAUCUGGAAUCAGAUUGAUGCGGUGCGCAAAAUAGUCGGAUAUACAGCUGACCGGCAUUUGAUGUUUAUCGACGAAGUCAAGGCUCUUUACGUUUUCACAGGAGUGGAGGCACCUACUUCUUUCAAGGAUCCUCCUGAUUUGGUGGAAGUUAAUGAUAAGCUUAAGUUUUUGAUGUCUGUUAUUGGAGUCAAAUAGACAGUUUUAGUUUUUACCAGGAUUUGAUUUUGAAAGUUGUGCUAUAUGUGUUCUGUGCUAAUAAUGUGAAUGCUGGGGAUUUUAGUUACAGAAGACUCUGCUUUUGAGUAAAGAAUUCGAGUCUUUUAUCA